CGUGCAAAUCGAAUAUGGUGCCUAUCAGGCUGGAUUGAAAGCAGCACGUACGUUGGCUCUCUCCAGACAUUGGCUUUUGGAAGAUGUCGAAGUUGAUGGGCAAGAUGUUUGUUCGAAGUCUGCUUCUCUGCCUGCGAGCCCCCAACGUGCCUUGGAGGCAGUGUGAACGUUGCUGUGCUGGGUGCGUGCGUGCCGCUGCAGAGGGCCAUCAUCACAAAUUGCGAAGAUCCUUCUUCUGGGGUGCCAACUGCGAUCAGGUUCAUUGCCACAGGACCACUCGGGUUGUGUGUGUGAAGACGCUGUCCACGGCUACUGAUGCUAAAUCUUGCCCUCAAACUUUAGGUGGGUCUACGUUGUUCGAAAGUAAUGACGAGAUACGGGUGCCUGUUGCCAAACUCCAAGGCCGUAUGCUGCUGUCGUUCCUUUGCAAACUCUGUUCAACACGAGUUACCAAGCUAAUUUCGAAGGUCUCUUAUGAGAAGGGCGUUGUCAUCGUCAAGUGCCACGGCUGCAGCAAGCACCACCUCAUUGCAGAUAACCUGGGCUGGUUUCCCGAACUCGAAGGCAAAAGGAACAUCGAAGAAAUCUUGGCAUCGAAGGGCGAAGCUGUCCGUAAAGCACUUUUGAAAGAUGAGAUCCUUGAAGUCACGGAUCCGUGAACGAUGGGCCUACACAGCAUCGCGCUAGACUGUUGUUCUAAUUGAAAAAACUGCUAUCAAAAUUUUUGCUAAUGAAAAAGCUUCUCAGGAUCUGCACUACAGCUGAAGGUGCUUUGUUGCAGAAACUUGAGUAGACCGAGCAUUUUUUUUUUUAAUUUGUGCCAUCAGUUCUACAUAGCAGCAGUACCCGUUUCUUUUUUUUUUUUUUCUCCCAUAUUAAGAGGAUUGAAAAUCACCACUGCCCUCUCUUCUGUAGGAACUGUCUUGAUAAAGUUUUUUUUUUUUGCUUCCGUGUUGAAUUUAUAGUGACUCUUGGAGCUCCUGUAUUCAAUAUCAAACAGCUGAGCUAAUUUCUUGAACCAUUUCACCGAACCUUGGAUGCUUAGUUCUUACUCAGUUCAUGUGAAUUGUGUGCAUAUUCUGUGUAAUUUCUAGCAGGCAUAUUUAUGAGAGCUCGGAGAGUUGUAAGAAAUCUAUGGCCGAUAAAUUACCGUAUCUCGUAUGUUUUGGUCUCUUCUACUGAUGUAAAAAGCUCUAGUCAAUACCAUACCACUGAAACUUGCAUCAGUUACUUGCAUAAGCCUUACAGAAGCUCUUUCUGCAAGCAUUUUUUAAUAAGAUAAGAAUAGUGUUAAUUGAACACCUUAUUUAUCAUAAACGUUGCCAUGAGGGGUGCGGUAUUGGAGUGAAGUCUGGGGGAGUUGACCCCACCAUAAUUAUUAAGGUUGACAGGUUUACAUGUGCGUAAAUAUUUACACUUAGAUACAUGUAGGAGGCUAGGACAUCUCCCUUUGAAGUAACAUUUUUUCUGUGGUUUUGUUAUUCAGAAAGAUUUUUGGUGUUUUGUUGCCCUGAGAAAGGAAAAAGAAAGCCCGUGGAGAGGAACCAAGUGCAUUUUGGUCGUAUAGGCUGCUGUUGAGCUAUGUACAUGUGACCGUUUGUCGCCUGAACCCACCAACUAUCCAAUAAUUACAAACAUCUUUUAAUGGUAUAGUUGCUCUUGUCAUUUGCAUAAACUGUAAAUUGGAUGCUCUUAGUAGAGGCCUUUUGGCCAGCAGUGGACAAUAAUAUAGCCUGCUUAUGAUGAUGACUUGACGCCCAACUGCUGAACAAACUCUACAGGAGAUACUCAUGGACGCGACUAAAGAUGACUCAUUGUUAGCCUUUCCUACUGUUACUGUCUUCAAAAGUCGGAAGACCACUUACUUCUCAGGCUGUUGCACAGCACUGCACAUAAGCUUGAGCAGUUAUGUGCUUAAAUGGUGCAGUCUCGGUGAGUGCGACUCGGUAUAGCUUUUGAUAGUAUGCCUUGCAUUGAAUGUAAUGUCCUAUCAAUUGGGACACUGUUAAACACCAUUUAUUCAAGAAUUUUCAAUGCUGUGCACAAUGUGCAGAACAUAAGUCAUGAACAACUACUGUUUAGUGGGAUGCUUCAAGAGACAACGUUACAUAAUAAUUGUGGUCUAACAUCCCAAAACCAGCAUAUUUUUCAGAAACGCUUUAAUA